AUUUUGCACUUAAGAGACGUCAUUCAACCGCGAUCGCUAUGAAAAUGAAUAUGCCAUCUAAAUCUUGUUCAUCAGCGUAUUCAUCUGAAGAAAGCGAAACAUCCUCAUCACCUUCCAGAAGAAGACGAAGAAUCAGCAGUCCACGGGAUACCCAAAAAACAAAAUUAUCUAAAACAGUAUCAAAAUGGGAACGAUUACACGUACAACACCAUCUAAAAAUUCAAUAUGCCUCAAGAUACAUAGAAGAACCUCUAGAUUUAUUUGCAAUGGUAGCAAGAGAUGUAUCUCCACUUAGCAAAGAACAAGAUGAAUACAUCGACUUUGUCAACAAGUAUUUAUCGUUCAGUAUGCCAUUGACUUCCUUCCAUCAUCAGAGUAAAAUAGUUGAAGAUGCACUGGACACAUGUGAAAAUGAAAUAAAAGAACUUGAAGAAAGAGACAAAUCCUGGUGGGUUUUGAAGUUAAAGGUAUUUGUUGCAGGAAUUAGAGCUCUUUUUGAAGAUGUAAAAGACUACAGAAGAAAAAAUCAACCAUUUGAGGAUUUUUGUACCAGCUUUGUUGGAGUCUUUGCAGACCUAUGCUGUUUGAGAGUACAAUACUGUAAACGAGUUCGUCAUGUUGUUAUGGAAAAUUUAAAAGAUAUAAAACAAGUUACUUCAGAACCAGAUAUUCGCCUGUUUAAAUGUGGACUUAAUCAUGAGUUUUCAAAGGUCAUGGUUUCUGUGGUACAGGUAAUACCAGAUUUAACUUACAACCCAGUGAUUCCUUCAGGUAAAACUAAGAAACGAAGAAAGACAUUUAGAGAAAGAUCAAGAAGAUCAGGAUUUAUCAGUGAAAAUGUACUUUCAAAAUAUUCUACCUCAAGCAUGGAAACAUUAGCAUCUGGUGAUACAGAAGAGUUGUCUAUAGAAGUAGACUUAAAUGAUAGAGUUCUGGGUCAGCAUGCAGGAGAAUUGUUGUUAGAUCUGCACAACAAACAUAAAGGAGAUGAAAAACUACAUUCAGAAGAUGAAGUAAGAAAGAAUCUAACAAUGACUGGGAUGAUUGUUAAUGGAACUAGAGUUUUCUUUACAUUGCUGGAAAUGACAAGAAAACAUUACCAGAAACUUAAAGAUUAUGAAGAUCUUGACGAAAAUGAUAAAGCUAUAAUAUAUUAUUCAAAUCCAAAAGACAUUCUAAUGGAGCCAGAACGUAGGACGUUAAUCAAAGAUUUUAUGUCACUUAAUAAUAUUGAAUAAUAGAAAUCUGUUUCUCUUGUUUUAAAUAAUGAAAUUCAUGCUAUAACGAAGAAUGUAAACACAUUUACAUUUUUAACCGGAUUUUCGAAGUAAAAAUCGGUUAUUGAUUUGGGAAUGUACAGCGGCCGGGCGGGCAGCUGCCAAACAGUGUAUGUUCAUUUACAUGAAAACGCUUUGAAGAAAUGCUUUCAAAUUUAGAUAUGUUGUUUCCUGGGACUAAAUGAAGGUCAAGUUUAAUUUUAAUGGUUUUAGCUUUUCUCGUUGUUGAGUUACAGCCCUUUCCCAAGAAUUCAAUUUUUGACGAAUUAAUCCAUUUCUGUACAAAGGGAAAUAACUCAUUUUUUAAAAGAUUUUUAAAAGACAUUGUAUUAAUGAUAAAUGACAUUUUGGAUUUAUUUUCUUUUCUUUGGUAAAUUGUUUGAAGAAUUUUGUGGAAGGUUUGUUUGUUAUUCUGUAUAAACUAAUUUUCUGAAUGCUAUAUAUAUAAUUUUUUUUUUAUGAAGUGAACUCCUUUAAUUAGAUAAUAAUCUAUUUUUAUUAAAGGAUAUAUUUCAUUACAUUACAUUGUGUAGAUAAAGUUGAUAGAUAAGUUGCAGAUCUAUAUUAGUUUGUGGCAAAUGAAAGAAAAAAUAUUUGGAACUAUUAAUCAUAUUUGAUUAUGAUUUGAAAAUAGAUAUACAUUGUGUUACAUCAUAUCUAAUUUUAGAGAACUAUUUUUAGUGAAAUCAUAUCUAAUAUUAGAAUACUAUGUUAAACCAUAUUUCUGUUCAAAGGGAAAUAACUCAAACUUAUUCCAUGAACCAGUAAUGAUAACAUCAACAUUUCUUUAUAACUAUUUUUUUUAAGUCAUGUGUGUUAUGAAGGUAGAUGUCACAGUUGUUAUGUGGUAUUUUAUUUUUGUUGUGUGUGUUAAUGUUCAAUUUUUACAUGAGCCUGUUUUGGGUUCAGAUUUGCAAAUAAUAUUUUCAUUAUUAAUUAGAUAAUAAUCUAUUAUAAAUAUUCAAUCACAAUCCAAAUUCAGAGCUGUUUCAAGCUUAAAUGUUGUGUCCAUACUUGCUCAACUGUUCAAGGUCCGACCUCUGCAGGAAAAUCUGGUUUGCUGUCACUGGACAGCCUCUUGUUUGUCUUUUUUGACAUUUUUUAUUACUGUGGAUUUUUUGGUGGAUACCAAUUUUUAUGGAAUGAAGGAAAAUUGUAAUUUGAUGGAUAUUUGAUUUUGUGGUUUUCCCAAAGUCUGUAUAUAUGCCUAUAGAUAAUUUGUACACUGUUGAACAUUUUUAACUCAUGGUUUACCUAUACACAUAAUUACACAAAAAUUAGUAUCCAACGAAUUAUUAUGAAUCCACAGUAUAAACUUUAAGUGAACAAGUUUAACGCUGCGUGACUAAAAUAGACAUGGUCAUUACAUUUAAAGCCUAGGCUACAAGCUGUUUACUUGAGUUUUCUAAUAUUAUCAUUAUGACAUUUAAUGUUAAUUUUAUUCAAUGAUUUCUACAAAACCUUCUAGUCAGUGUUGUUUUAUUUUAUGAAUAAUGAUAAUCUCAAUCUAAUUAAAUUACAGAUCUUGUGUCAACGCUUUGCUAACAAGGUUCUGACAAAGCUCUGGUCAACUUUCUAUUUUUAAGACCUUCUGGUUUUGUUGCAAUGAUAGACACUUUUAAAAGUUUGUAGGCAGGAAUUUCAUUGGCCGAUGUAAUAAUUACGAGAAAAGAAAGUAGAAAGAAGUGUUGUCAGAUCCUUGUAAGCAAAGUGUGGAAUCAGAUCUGUAUUUGAAUCAGAUUGGAUAUUCCAAGUCAUUUGAAAGCCUUCUUUCUGUUCCGAUUAAAAAUUACAAUGAAUGAUUAAGAAGUCUUGAGAACAUUUAUAAACUCUGUUAUUUAAAAAUUGCAUUAAGUAGAAUUUUAUGAUAAUUUAGUUAUAAAUUCCUAAUUCCAACUGUAUACUGUUUACAUGGUAUAGUAUGUAAGAUGCAGAAAUUUACUUAUGUAUUGAUUUUAAUGUUUUCAAUUAAAAAAAUUUUUUUUACUGUA